AGUGAACGAGGUUAAAACAGAACCGCUGACUGGAACUAAGCAGGAGUGGUUUAUGGAGAGUCCAAGUUGUGCGUAAAGUCUGUGACAUUAAGACAAUAUAUUUAGGAGGUGUGCGUAAAAGACAGAGAGAGAGAGUAUUUAUCAAGGUGGUUCCUCCUGUCAGGCACCUAUUCAUUUAUUGGAGAGUAAACCAGUUAAAGAGAGGAGGGACGGCUGUGGAGAGCUGUCACUUUCUCUGCCUGUGUUUGUGUCAGAGAGUGCGGAGAGGGAUUAUCAGUACGCGCGUUAUGCGGAGCGCAGUUUUGGUGAUGCGUUCAGUGGAGAGAUGUGCAGCGAGGAGCAGUGAGCGUCAAUAGCAGGAGAAGAGGAUCCUGCAGGUUUUCGUGGUGUGCACCGGCUCUGUGCAUCACAUCACAGGAUUCAUUGUGCAUUUUUAUUUCUUCUUGAUGAACGCUCCUCUGUUGGUGCAGAGUGAAAGUCAAAAGAUGCGCACCGCUGAACAAAGGAUUUAGGGGAAAACCACAUUUUUUUUAAUCCUGACACCCCGGUGUGCGUGUCGUCCAUCCGUGCCCGUUCUGCCUCUGAGGACAACGGACUAAUAAUCGGGUCUCCUGUUGGGUUUCAAAGCUGGAGGAGCUGCAGGAGGAGGAAUCAUCUGGGCUGAUCAUCGCGUAGAGCUGCGAGUCCAUGUGGAUGGAGAUCGAGAGAGAAAUGUGACAUUUUUAACUCUCCACAGUCUGCUGCUCAUCCAACCUGACAACCAAACCGUGCAUCUGCCUUCGUUCUCCACCGGAUUUGUUUACAUCGAUUAAGAGAUGGCGUUCCUCCCAGUCCUCCUCCUGCUGCUGCUGACUGUUGUUCAAUGUGCCACCAAUCAAGACAUGAGCCCGUACGAGGCUCUCCCAAGAGGCUGCGGAUGGGGCCUUGUGCAUCCCUACACCCUCCUCUGUGACCUGGACUCCAUAUGGGGUGUUGCUGUCGAGUCAGUGGCCGCCGGCGGGGUGCUGACUGCCAUCUUGCUGGCCCUAAUCCUGCUGUGCCGCUUGCACCACAUCAGCGAGGCCGAGAAGCGCAGCGGCGUGGGACCCAUCCUCCUGCUGCUCCUCGGCGUCCUCGGCUUGUUCGGCCUGAGCUUCGCUUACCUGAUCGAGCAGGAUGAGUCUUUGUGUUUGCUCCGCAGGGCCCUGUGGGGUCUCCUGUUUGCCGUCUGCUUCUCCUGCUUAUUGGUGCAGGGCGUCCGCCUUCGCAGGAUUGGCCGCGAGCGCCGGAGCCCCGGGGGCUGCGCCCUAACAGGCCUCGCGCUGGGUUUGAGUGCCGUGCAGGGCAUCAUCGCCGCCGAGUGGCUACUUCUCACCGUGCUGAGGGAGGGACGAGCUGCCUGUCAGUACCUGCCGGUGGAUUUCUCGCUGGCCUGCAGCUACGUGCUAGCUCUCCUGCUAGUCGCGCUGACUGCCGCCUCCCUGGCCCUGUGUGGGAAGACACGCCAGUGGCGCUGCAAUGCCAUCUGGCUAGUGGUGACCUGCCUGCUGUCGCUGCUGCUGUGGGUGGCCUGGGUGGGCUUCUAUCUGUACGGCAACGCCUGGCUGGGGAGGUCCCCGGAAUGGAACGACCCGGCACUGGCCAUCGCUUUAGUGGCUCAGGGCUGGCUGCUGCUGAUCUUCCACGCCAUUCCUGAAGCCCACAUCUGCCUGAGACCCCCUCCUCAGCCCACCGCCCCAGAUUACUUUGACACCUCCCAGAACUCGACACGGAUGAGGGAGACCAGCUUCGACGAAGACAUCCCUCUCUCCCACAGGCAGUUUGUGGAGAACCAGGGCUACGGAUACAGCGACGAGAACGCUGCAGGUACAGCACAAUCCAAUAUUUCAGAGCAGACACGCGCAAUGUGUGCGGACAGGAAUGUAGGCCAAAGCUUGAGGACUGGUGGCGGUGCCGGGCAACACAACAGCAACACCGGCCCCAGACCCAGCGCUCCUUUCCGCAGCAACGUCUACCAACCCACCGAGAUGACCAUGAUCCUGAACGGGGGAGCGGUGAGUACAUCCUCCCAGUCACAGGUGCCCUCUGCCCCUCCAACCUACACGGGGAGGCAGCUGUGGUGAGCGAGAGGAUUGGAAAGAAGAAGAUGUGUGGUAGAAAAUGAAGAAGAGGAUGGAGAGGGUGAGGAGGGAGGGAGGCGUCCGGGACGACGGGGCCUGCCUGGUUGAAUUGGACUUAAAAACACGGAUGCCAACAGGGCCCCUUUCACUCUGUGUACAGACUUAAACACUGACUGUGUGCCAAUCAACUAUAGUAUGAGUGUGUGUGAGACUGAGAGAGAGUAUAGGGUAUGGAGGACAGAGCUAAAGCUCUUCUAGCACACAAAUCUCUAUAGAAGGGUU